AUGACGAAAUCAAGCCGAAAUCAUCCAUCUCCAACCGCUGGGAAGAAAGCCCAAGUCAAACUCGACCCCGUCAUCCCGUCUUCGUCCAAAGGGAGCCCGUUCGUCGCUACUGGAAGGGUCGUGGGUUUCUUCUUCAAAUGUCCCAUUUUUCUUUUCUUCUUGGUGCAUUCAAGGCCAUCCCUUGGGAUUUUCAAUGAGUCAAGCAUCAAACCCUCUUUUGACCUUUUUGUCAUUGUAGCAGCGUGGAUGCUUUUAGCGUGGGUGCUAGCAAGGAAAUGCCUACUCCAGUCCUCUGAGAUUCCCUUCUUCUUUGUUUUGUUAGGGCUGCCGGAAGGGUAUAUAUGUCUCAGGCAUAGGUGA